AUGGAGGCCGCAUCGCGCCUCGCCUUGAUGGCGAUCGUCGCCCGGGCCGGAAGUCCGCAACAGCAGCUACGGCAACAUCUACAGCAGCAGCGAACGCCGAAGCAGCAUCAGCAGAGAGAAGAAAAGCCGGCAUCGUGGAACGGGUCGACAUGGAAGCAGCAUCAUCACCCUUUGGUCACGGUCGUCGAGUACGAUGUUGAAGCGGGACUAGGGGAAAGGGGAGGGGGAGGGGGAGGGGAAGGCAAGAGAUUGUUGGGGAACCACCGUGCUUCGGGACGACGAGGAAGCGCGGGCAGUUCGAGCUCGAGGUCGAGUGAGGGGAGCGAUGGCGGAGAGACGGGUGCGAUGGCUGCGGGAGGCGGAUUAGAGGCGGUUGCGUGGUGGAUUCUGAUGGGGUUGGAGUGUUGUGUCGUUGGCGGCGUUGAGGGGUGGAUUAUUUACAUGGUGUACAAUGGCGGUGAUUUUGAGAUUUGGAACUGGCUAUCCGAGUUCGUGUCGCCGGCCCUGAUGAUCCUCCUCAGCGUCUCCCUCUCCGCGGCCCUCCUACGCGGGGUCGGCUGUCUGAACAGGCUUGGGGAUUUGGGGUUCCAGGCGGCCGGCCUGGCCUUGGCCACGUUUUGCGCCGUUGUGGUGUGCGCUGGUGUGAGUGGUGUUGAGGAGGGGGAGGAUGGCCGGUUGGAGAAGAAGGGGGUGCGGGUCCUUGUCGGGUUGGCUGUCAAGAUGUGGUUCCUCUUCUUCAUUGGCCUACUGUGUGCCGUGUUCCAGUGGCACAUUGAGGAUCGGGAGAGGACCGUAUCUAUGACCAAGCAGUCGCUGCUGCCGAGGAAAGGCAAGAAGAAGGAGAGGGGGUACGGGACUAUCUCUGGCGGAUUGGCAACCGUCGACGAGACGUACGAGGGGUUUGUGAGCGACCUAUGA